AAUUUGUUGCCAUUCUGUCGUCAAAAAUUGAUAACAUGCUAUGCUCAAAAUCUGUUCCUGCAGGCUUGGCUAUCUGUAUUAUAUUACUGCAAAAACACAGGUGCUUUAACAGUAUUGGAUGAUAAACCAUUAGAAGAUGAAUCACAUACAUCACAUGAAACAUCUAAGCAUGAAAAUACAGGGUUUACUCACGAUAUGACGAUUAAACUGCUGGAAAUUAUAGAAUCUAAAUAUUAUAUUCUUAAUGACAAAAUGCAUUCAAAGAAAAAAAUAUGGAAUGAUAUAGCAUUAGAAAUGCAAAAAAGUGGCUACUUAGUAACUUUUGGAUCAAAAAGUUCUGACAAGUGUCAUCAGCGUUGGCGGAAUUUGGAAAAAACAUAUCAUGCACACUGCCGAUAUAUGAAAUCUACUGGCACCGGGAAGAAAAAACCACCCAAAUAUUUUGAUGAAAUGCACCAUCUUCUCGGAGAAAAGACCAGCAGCCAGCCUGUUAAUUUAUUGGAUUCAUUAGUUGAUGUUACUACAGCAGCUGAAUCUGACACAUCCAGCAUUAAAUCUAAACGUCAUGAAGCCAUUGAUAAUAGUGAUGACUCUUUAGAUACAGCGGAUACUACAUCACAAGAUACUACAUCACAAAAUACUACAUCACAGGAUAUAAAGGAAAACAUAAAUUGUAAUUCAAGCAAUCAGAACAUUUUUAAAAAGAUUAAAAAGUCAGUAAAACCAAAAAAGACAAAUAAUAUAAGUACAAUGUUAAAAGAAUUACACGCACAAGACAUAGACAUUGAAAACAAGCGCUUUAAACAAUUCCAAGAACUGCUAGCAGAGCAGAACGAAUUACGAAAAAAAACAUUACAACAACGCGAUGAAUUUUUAACAGUUAUGAAAAAUUUUAUUAAUUUAGAAGCACGCAAAAAAUCUAAAAAAAAAGAAACAUUCCUCAGAUUCGGACGAUUCGUAAUAUAUAAGAAAUUUAUCACAGUACAUAUUCUCAUAAUUUUUUUGUUCCUUAUUAUCAAAUAAAAAUUUAU